UAAUUGGGUAUUUAUAGAAGUUCAGUAAGAACUUGACCAAGGAACCACUCGUGAGGAAGGGUCACUCACCCCGAAACAUUAACUCUGCUUUCUCUCUAUAGAUACUGCCAGACCUGCUGAGUUUCUCCAACAAUUUCUGUUUUGGCACCAGUCCGGACUCCGGACACAAUCCCCAAAUCCAUCGUCGUAUAACUUGACUUCCGACUUGCGGCAUUAGACCGGUGAAUUUCUGACCCAUCACAUAACUUAUUGGGAACUCUGGCGGUCAUUCCCCCCCAGCCCAGUCCGCAUGGCUCGAGCAGGUUCGGAUGAAGCUGGGGGCGCGCGUCUAACGGUUAGUGCAAGGGAAGCCUCGCGCUGGAGGGUGCUCUCGGCGACGUCACCGGGAGAGCACGGGGCGGGUAGGUGUGCGCAGACUGAGGAGCCAUCUUACUGUCGCCUCUCACUUGGGAAGAGGAUCAGGGGACUUAAUGACUCAUAUGAAAGGCAAAUCGAACCAGAAACAAAUGUAUGCAAAUACGCAGAUAAACCAAUGUUCUUCCCUUGCUCGUUUUUAUGGAAAGAGAAGUAUAUAACUGAUAUUAUGACCAGUUGUACUUUUUUUAAAGCAGUCACUGCAGAUGUGAAGCCAAGUUCCAAACUGAAGAAACUAUCACUCAUUUAUGAGGAAGCAGAUUCAGAAUUAUAUUCAACUAAUAAAGUGACUUCUCGUGUCCAUAGGAGCACAUAUCAGUCCCGAAUGAAAAGGACUGUACGAAGAAACAUUUUGAAGACCAAAAAAGAAACUUCGCCUUUUCAAAACAGAAGUCCUAGUCUUCAGCAAUGGAAGGAAUUUACCCAGAGUAAUUCCAAAAAUGCAGACUGUUCUGUGUACAAUGAAACUACUUCAGAAGAACUUUGUCUAACAACUGAAACUUUGGCUUACGUCUUGCCAUCUUUGGAUUCAGAGUUGCUUGUGGAUGACAGUUCCUCCAUUGGAACAGAAAAUUGUUCUUCAGUGGAAUUAUUCAGAGAGCCAGAAGACCAUGCAUCUGUUAUGAAUCCAGAAGAUAUUUAUUGGUUCUCUUGUAAAAAUUCUACUCUUCUGGACAGUAGUAAAGCAGCAAACAUUGAUGUGAUUGGUCAGCCUUCAAAUCUCUCUGAAAUUCUAGAGCAGACUGGAAAUCUCACAAGAGAAGGAAACUUCAAAGGAUACCAUGUAUUGGAUGAAGUUGAGGUGUAUGGGAAUUCUGAAGUGACUUCAUUUACAGUUGCAGGUAAAACAGUUUCUAAAUUACAAGCAAGCAAGGAGAUCACUCUUGAACAGAAAAAGUUACAUGCAGUUUCUCUCCGAGAUGAGCAGAAGAAAUCAGCAGUAAAAACAAAGAAAACGUUUAAGCCAAAACAGACAAGCACACCAGUAGAGACAUUUAAACAACCAACAAAACUGAAACAACAAGAUGAAGUACCGAUUUGUAGCAUCAUCCUUGCUCCAGUGUGCGACCGACCAUCUGAUGCUUUACAGUGUGAACAAGUGAAACAUUGGACAUCGUUGGAAAAUGCGCCUAUAGGUGCAUGAGCAUCAUAUGCCAUAAUGCCUGACAUUAUUAUUGAUCUAUCUAAGUAAGUGUACCUGCUCAAGAUGUUGGAAAAAUCUGUUGUAUCUGCUGAAUUCUGGAAUUGCUUUCAAAUGAAUUGUCUAGCAAUUAAAAUAAUUAACUAUUUAAUUUAACCAUGGAAUUUAAAAAAAAAUGCAACUAUCUGGUUAGUUGUGUGGUACAAAGGUUAUCUAGUAAAUGUUUACUUAUGUAAUUAAAAUGUUCAUUAAAUCUUCAAUUUUUGUAUUGAAAAA